GUUCGAGUCGGAUGCAGCCGGCUCAACCACUCGUUUCUUCGUGCUAAAUCUGACGCGUAAUAAUGACGUAGUCGCCUAAAUAACGUUUUCCACUUUUGUCAACAUUCAUAUGAAAAUCUUUAGCUUGCUAUCAACCCUCGACCACUGGUUCUCGACCUUUGGUUCUACCAGUAAGUUUAGCUUAUAGUUACUUGUUAAAAAUGUUUGUUUUCCUCUAGCGAUUUAGCUUGCACACUAAAUGAGACAUUUUCAAGUGAGCUGGAAACGUGCAGUAUUGUAAAGAAGUCAGUAGUGAAUUAUCUGUCUCUCAACAGAUAGAAGUAGCCUAAGUCCGGAUUGGACAAGGGCUCUUGUGGAGUGGAGCAGCCUGGAGUGAGUGACCAACCAUGGGCCGUCUGGACGAUGCUGCCAAGCGCAAGGUGGUGGAGCUGCGGCAGGCGGGCCUGAGCUUCCGCAAGAUCAAGGCGGUGCUGGAGCUGGAGAACAUCCGGGUGUCUGCCCAGGCCAUCUACCUGUACCUCAAGGAGUUCCAGAGGAAGAAGGUCCAGAGGGGUGGUGGAAGUGCUGCAGCCCCAGACCCGCAGACCACACCUGGGGUUGGGGCUGGGGCAGGGAGAGGAGAGGGUGGAAGGCGGGAGGGCUGGAACGACCAGCAGAUAAGGAAUCUACUGCGGGAGGCAUCACGCCACGCAGGCUAUGUUGCGGCGUCUGAGUUCGCCAAGCAGGGUCCUGGCUCCACUCCUCCUGAGGUCAGGGGUCAGGGGCCGUCUGGGACAGGAGGCGAAGGCGCCAGUAGAGGACAGAGCAACAGGACAGAGAAACAGGAGGAAGGGGACAAGAAGGAUGAUGAGGAUAAGGACAUCCAGAUUGUCAGUGUCACAUCGUUGGCUCAGAACUCUAAACAGAGGGGUCUUCCACCCGCGACGGCAGCGGCUGUGACUGUGACGGGGGCCUACAUGCGUAAGAGAGCCACGCCCUCGCCAGCUACUAACCCCAUACUGGCAGCACGCAAAAGGCUUCUGGAUAAGGCUUUGUCUCAUAGAGCAAAGAUAAGAGAUUAUUCUUAUCAGUCCUACCAGCAGGUAGCAGCUUUGUUGAGAAGAGAACAGUCUAAUGCUCCUGGUUCUGAUGUCCAGAGACCUGUGCCAGCAGAUCAACCACAGUCCUAUGACCCAGUCGCUCAGAGGCUUACUCAAGCGAGGAAUUUGGAUGGCCAGCCAGGAGCCAGUGAUCCCAGACAGAUGUUCCAGCAGAGGGUCGGUGGCCUUUCCGUCCGCUCCCCGCACCCUGCUCCUCCCCGUGUGGGCAUCCGGCUCCCCAACCCCCCACCACCACCCACCUCCCAGGGUAGUAGCCCUGUCAUCCGCCUCCAAAGCCCUGGGAGCCAGGGCAUGAACCAGGGCCUUCUCAGGAGAGACAGGAACCCCAGCCCUCAGCAGGCAGCUCACCAGGAGGCUGGAGGGAGAUGCGGGGGAGGGGGAGGUGGGGGUCUCCAGGAGCAGGUCCAAACCCUGGGCUCUGAGAUCCACAGUCUGGGCCUGGCGGUGCGCAUGCUGGUGGAGCAGCAGUACCGUCUGGAGAGGGAGCAGGUCCAGCAGACCCAUGUCCAGAGGCAGAUUCUCAGCGCCCUGCAGACCCUGGCCUCCAGACUCGAGGCACCCUGUACCAGCCUCCAGCAGCAACGACAGCAUCCCAAAACUCCCCCACCCCCGGUCUUACCUGCCUCAGGCUCUGCCUCCGCCUCCUACAGCCAGGACACGUUCCCCUUCAGCCAAGGAGGGUAUGCCCAGUGCAGCCAGGCCCAGCCCAGCUACAACGGGAUGGACAGCUCCAGUCUGGAGACCAUAGAGGCCUUCAAACUGGCCGGACUCAGCCCCAACGGCAUCAACGGCUUCCAGACGUGCAGCAGCAGUACCACCGAUAGCCUCCCGCUCACUCACACCCCGACACACACACAGCCUUACACGUCAUCCUACACACAGCAGCCACACACUCAAACACACAUGCCCUCAUGCACACAGUCUUACGCCACCACAUACACGCAGUCGCACACGCAGUCCUAUAGAGGAACAGACAUUACAGACUAUCCCAGCACCAGCACAGAGGGGGCUGUCCAGGACUGCAUGGCCCCCACCCAGGUCUCUGUUGACCUGGACUCAGACAUCACAGUCUCCCCACAGGAAACUCAACUCAACAUCAUUAAAGUGGAGGCACUCUAAGGCUUUAGUUCGCUCAUAUCCAGAGCUUAUAGGGACAGUUUCCUGGACACAGAUUAAGCCUAGUCCUAGACUUAAAAGCAUAUUCAAUGUAUAAUGGAAAUUCUGGAAAAUGUGCUUUUUAGUCCAGAACUAUGCUUUAAUCGGUGUCUGGGAAACCAACCCCGUAGGGUUCAGUUCCAUAGUUUAAAUCCAAAGUUGCUUCUGCUCGGUUCACAUUUGUACAUUUGAUUAUCCACUACCUCUCCAUUAGCCAAAUGUUUCCGUACAUGUUAUGUCUUGGGUUUUUUAAAGGGGUAUUUUUAUGCUUUUGUAGCAUGGGUCAUAAUUUUAGAACUGUGAUAUCCCAAUCCCCAUAGAAAAUAAUACCACUUCAUUGUCCAUUCUGAAAGGGACAUUAGUCGUCGAGCCUAUCUACCAUUUUUACAUGAAACACUUUCUAUUAUCAAAUCCCAAAGAGCAACACAGAAGCAAUUAUUUUCAUUUUAACAAUAAUGCAUUUUGAUUAUGUUACCAUCAGUCUUUACAGUGCAUAAAACUCUUCACCAAUGCAACAUCUCUGCUGCCUUCUGCUAGAUCAGCCUUAAAGUGCAGAAUGUCCUGUCUGUGUACAGAACUAAAGCUACUUGAAUA